AUGAAGACCCUCACUCUCUAUGGCACCGCCUUCGUCCUGAUCGCGACCAUUCUUAUCUUCAUCGCGACUCAGUCCGGGUCGAGCGUGCCUCUCGACGACAUCUCCGACGGCUACAGAUCCUCCAAGGACCGCGCUCCGCCCAAACCCCAGAACCCUCAGGCCCCGCUGCCGCAGACACACACACACGAAGGCUGGCAGUUCGAACACAAACGAGAUGCGCGCAAUUAUGGCUUGUCCGAAGAGCAGUGCAAUGUCGCAUUCCCUCAGCUCUUCAAAGAGGUGGGCAGGGCCGUGCAGCACAGGAGAGAAACAUGGGGAGACAUCACGCCGGACGAGAACGAGGUGGAAUGGCGCAAGGACGGCAUUGUGCGCGCAAUGAUUCACGAAAAUCAGCUAUACAUUAUCAAUCCUCUCGAGGUAUGGGAUGGGAACCACAGGCCGCGGACCAUGGCUACGCUUCAUUCCAUUCAUCGGGCAAUCUCGGCAUAUCAGGGCAAAUUACCGGACAUCGAGUUCAGUUUCACCGUGCAGGAUUUCGCCAUGGACGAUAGAGAUGGCAAUUACACCACUUGGACAUACACACGGCUGCCACAUCAGGAGAAGCUAUGGCUCAUGCCGGAUUUUGGCAUGUGGGGAUGGCCAGAUGUUGGACUGAGAUCCUACCCCGAGUUCCAGGCCGUCAUAGAACACGAAGAGGACGAAUUCGUCGACAAAGUGCCCAAGGUCGUCUGGCGUGGCUCCGUAGCUGUCGGCUCCAAGGACGUGCGACAGGGUCUUGUGGAGCACAGCAAGGGCUACCCAUGGUCUGAUGUUCAGGUCUUGGAUUGGUCCAACUCGAGCAACAUCGAGGAGAGACUGCUCUCCAUGCAGGACCACUGCUCCUACAUGUUCAUGGCCCAGACCGAAGGCAACUCGUACUCCGGCCGCCUCAAGUUUCUUCUCAACUGCCACUCGAUUCUCUUCUCCCACGAGCUCGAAUGGCUGGAGCUCUAUCACCACUUGUUGAAACACGAGGGUCCCGACCAGAACUACAUCCGUGUCAAACGAGACUACCGAGAUCUACCAGAGCACAUGUCGUAUUACACGAAGCCCGCCAACGUUGCCAAAGCCCAGAAGAUCGCCGACAACGCACGCCGAAUUUUCCGAGAACGCUACCUCACCCCCGCAGCUGAGGCAUGCUACUGGAGGGCCCUGAUCCGCGGCUGGGCAAGCGUCCAGGGCUUCACACCAGAGUUCUGGGUUGAAGUCAAGAAAUUCGAUAAGGUCUACCAAAAGGAACGCACCAAGCGGGUGCCUCGAGGCGCGCCCUUUGAAGCUUACGCGCUCAUGGAAGAAGUAGAGUGGGAUAUUCCGGCCAAGCCGCGGGUUCUGCAUGUUGGAUAUGAUCUGGAGGAAGAAAGAGAACGGAGGAAGAAGAUUGCGGAGGAGAGGGCAAAGAAAAAGGCAAACCCUUGA